AUGGAGAAGGAGCAUAAAGCUGCUCAGUUGACCAUCUUCUACAAUGGGCAAGUUGUUGUGUUUGAUGAUUUUCCAGCUGAUAAAGUGCAGGAGAUGAUGUCUUUGGCAUUGGCCACCAAGGGAAUAUCCCAAAGCCAGAACUCCUCUGCAUAUGCUCACACUCAUAACCAGCAAGGAAAUAAUCAUCCUUCGACUAUUCCUAAUAUCAUCCCUCAAGCACCAUCCACACCAAUUGCUAAUGACAUGCCAAUUGGUAGGAAAGCUUCCCUUCAUCGGUUCCUUGAGAAGAGGAAAGAUAGAAUUGCUGCCAAAGCACCAUAUCAAACAAACAGACCUAUCUCUGCUCCUAAUAAGCCGGCUGAAUCAUUAGAUGCUAAAUCACACACCUGAUAGAUCUUACUUUAGUCGAAUUAUUAUGAUUCCAAAAUAUUCCCUGUUAUUAGCGUUUCAUUUUAUUGUUACAUUCUGAUCAUUUCUUUUAUUUGUUGUUACCUUUCUUCAUUUGUUGCUUUCCGUCGCUCCU